UCAGCAGUCCAGUCAGACAUGGCCGCCAUGGUCCUUUGGAGCAAAGCUCCCAAGUCCUUUCCCGGAGCUUUACAUCGCAGCUUCCGACGGCCUUCAGGAGGUAUUUUGUGCUUUGCUCAAGGCGAUGUGGUGAACUUCUGCGGUGAUGCAUUGGCGGUUAGCACAUCGCAAGCCUUGGAAGGGAUAGAAAGAGCUGACUGGUGGGGUUUCGCAGGCCGUGCCAGUGCUGAUGCUGCAUUGCAUAUGAAGAUGAAAGGCUUGGCCGAGGAAUGCCGGAAGCAAAGGACACAGCUGGACUUUGCAGAAGUUCUGGUGACACGUGGUCCUUCACAGGUUCAGCAUUUGCUGCACACUGCGAUCCCAAGUCAUCCUGCCUCAAGAGAUCCAGCCUCAAUGCCUGCCAAUGUCGGAAGCCCACUGCGCCCAAGCAUGGUGGAUAUUGAAACUGCCGAAUACUUCUUGCAUAAAGCCUUCACGGGUCUUCUUGAAGCAGCUGCUGACCUUGGGGCCAAGUCCUUUUGCUGCCCUUCGAUUGGUUGUGGCUGUCGAGCAUUUCCAGUGGAGACAGUGGCACGCAUUGGUCUUGGUGUCUUUACAAGCCCUCCAAAUGCAGAGAUUCCUUACAUCGAAAUUCGUUGCACACAGCGUGAAGUCUUGGAAACCUGGAUCGAGAAGACCUCUGAAUUUGGACUUGAACGUGCUGGUUUUUGAGAAUGGGCAGAUAGUCGCAGCUUGCAUUUUUUGAGAGUGGCUAGUCCCCAGGGAUGUCGAUGCUAAUUGAGCGCUUGUUGCAGCUUCCGCAACAUGGUGCAACAAAUUGCAACAAUUGGUGUUGCAACGAAGUUUUUGUCAAAACGAUUUGUAAAUUCAAAAGUGAGCAUAAAUGCAGCCUUUGAGCAGCACAAGUCCACUUUUGCCCGUGCAUUUUUUUUGUAAUGUGAUUUUGUCCCGUUCCUUUUACAAGUGACCUCCGGUACUUUGAACUCACCUUUGAACCCAGAGAAAGUGCAACAUAAACGAG